AUGAAAGACUCGUCCUUGUCCUCGACCGAGCAGGCCGUCCUCGACGCGACCAGACGAGCGUCCAAACAGAGUCACAAACGGCGCCAUCACCAUCGGUCAUCUACCAAAGGAGCAGCACCUCCGCGUGAUCGAUCGGAAUCCCUGACCCCUCCCCGCUCAAGGGCGUCAACGUCCAAGCAUGCGCUCGAGCAUGACUUGCCCGACGACGGGGACGACUUUGAUCAAUCGUCCUUACCGCCUUCGCAAGCCUACAAGCGGUCGCGUUCUUACGACCAAGACGACGAAGAAGAACGUCGGUUCCAAGACAAACUCCGUUCGGCUGAACAUGAGGAUCAAGGCGUGGGUUAUUACGAGCAACUUCUGUACGAGAGGGAACUCGCGAGGAACGCCGCCAGCUUCCAUUAUGGGUCCUCGGUCCGAGCCGCGAUGGGUCAACCCGAGGCACAGAACGGCGCGACGUUGAUCAUGGACGAGGAGGAAUAUGCCGAGUACAUACGCGCGGGCAUGUGGCGCAUCCAGAACAAGGAGGAGAUCCUACGGCGCGAAAGGUUGGACAAGGCCAAGAAGGCUCAAGAAGAGAAGGACCGCAUCGAACGAGAGGCGUGUCAGAAAAAGGAGAAGGAACGGAUACGCAAGCUCGAGGAAAGGACGAUCAAGAAGGAUCAACAGAUGGAAAGGGACCAACGGGAAGCCUAUGCCGCCAAGUGGAGUAAAAUCACCGCGUCAUCGCCCGAGACCAACCUUCGGUUCAGCGAUAUCCCCUGGCCGAUCUUUCCUCACGUACCCUUCCCACCGCUGUCGUGGCCAUCGACGACCGACAUCACACCCCUGCAGGUCGAUAGGUUCCUCUUGUCCCACAUCAAGGACAAGGACUUACGCAAGUCGACGCUGAGGUCAGCUGUACUGGCUUAUCACCCUGAUCGUUUCUCUAGGUUGACGGCGAAAAUAAAAGACGAGGAUACCCGGGCUAGAGCGACGGAGCUGGGCUUGAGGAUUAGUCAGACGAUUAAUGACAUGCUGAAAAAGUAG